AUGAGCUCCUCCCAGCCAAGCGACAUCCCGCCCUUCUAUGGCGCAGUCGAGACAACAAUGAACGCACUCCGACUAAUACACGCUGCCCGUCAGGGGAUAAUACCGCGAAUCACUCGCCGACUAAACGAUGCGGAACGGAGGUCGAUGAUCAAAAGUGGUGCAGUUUUUGUCUUUAGCGUUGAGGAGAGCGGCAUCAAGCGAUGGACAGGUCCGUUCUUUUUUCUUCUCAACCUUCACAUCACAAAACUCACGUCGUCAAGAUGGUUUACUCUGGUCGCCGUCGCGUAUCGUGGGCAACUUCUUGUGCAGGUCUAUCGUGAAAUCAAUGAGCGCACAAAUAGUCGGGGCAGCCAAAAACGACUCUACCCUUCUGACGAAACAUCGCGGGCUCUGAGUGUGCGUCCGACCUUCCCAACGCACAACCGCGAUCCACUUACCGCCAUUCCCGACCCUCGCCAGGCCAGCGAGCACGGCACCUUCAAACCAAAUGGUCUCAUCAAAAAGACAAUAACGGUCACUAUCGAGGGUUCAGACCUCCAUCUCAUCUCGUACUAUACCGCAUCCGACCAGCAUUCUGGAAAGCUCAAGCGCCCGACAUGCCGCCCUGAUAUCAUGGCGCUCACAAUGGACCCUCGCCUAUUCCGCUCGACCAACUUUCGUGUACCGCCCAAAGUCGAGAAAGCACCGGACGGUACUUCACGUUUGAUAGAAAACGAAGAGGCGGACAUCGUCGAAUGCAAAGUCGAAGAAGAACCAUAUAACAUCGACGUUUCGACCAGUCCUUCAUGGGCGACCACCCAUAGCGGCACCCCCUCCCCCAUCGAAAGCCCCUUCGUUGGUGGUAAUGCCAGUGCUAUGUUCCCAGUUUCUCCUCAUAGUAGUGGUUACUCCCGCCACAACGAGCCGCGUCACGGUUGGGUCGGGACCACUACCUCCGCUACUUCCCUUCGAACUAACGACAACUCUUGGGCUUCCAAUAAUCAUUAUGGGAACGCUGGCAGCAGACGGGAAAAUGAUGGAUGGGGGUUGUCUGCGGCUCGUUGGUCUGGCCAUGACUAUACUCAAGGCACAACGUUUGACCGUUCCCGGUCUCGUGCAACCAAUCCAUAUCCCUCUCCGCUACAGAUCUCUCGUCGCGAGCCAGGACCACACCACAAUGUUGCCGAAGCGAGAGCUGCUCGUCUACCCUGGCUUCAAACAGACAAGGCUGAUGCUCCCGCCCGUCCAGUCUCACAAGCGUCGAGUUUUUCGCCUCCUGCAUCUCAAAUCUAUACUACACAGGGUUACAUGCGAUCUAUCCCAGCCCACAACAACUCGCAGUCAUAUAGUCCAAGUACCUGGUCUCAUUCGGGUACAACCGGAUCGAGUUCGCCAGGAACGUCCGGAGCUCUAAGUAGCGCAAUGUCUUCGCCUCAAUCGCCGUUUUCCCCUCCGCCGUCGAGUCUACAUUCAUAUGGGUCGGCAUCGAGUUAUGCUCCGAGCUCUGGCGGCCUAUCAAGCCCAGAGGAGUAUCCUUCAAAUGCGGACGGCGAAUAUGGUGACUCAUAG